ACAAACUCACCCCCACACUGACAUGAUAUGAAAAAAACACAAACUAAAGACUUCAACCAAAGAUUACACACUAUAUAUGCUCACGAGGCUGGUAAGCACUAAUUAUCUUCCCAAAUCCAAGAAGAAACAGAGCGAGCAAGCCCCCGACACCAUGGGUGACGUCACCGCCGCCGCGGCGCCGUCGACGGACAAGUCGAACAACCUCUUCAUGCAGAUCGUCGUCCACCCGGACGGCACCAUCACGCGCCCCUUCGUCCCCGACGCGCCGCCCUCCGCCACCGGCCCGGUCCUCUCCCGCGACGUGCCGCUCGACGCCUCCCUCGCCACGUCGCUCCGCCUCUACCUCCCCAACCCCGCCUCGCCGCCGCCGCCGCCGACGUCCAAGCUCCCCGUCAUCCUCUACUUCCACGGCGGCGGCUUCGUCCUCUUCUCCACCGGCAGCGUCUUCUACCACGCCUCCUGCGAGGCCAUGGCCGCCGCCGUGCCGGCCAUCGUCGUCUCCCUCGACUACCGCCUUGCGCCCGAGCACCGCCUCCCCGCCGCCUACGACGACGCCGCCUCCGCCGUGCUCUGGCUCCGUGACGCCGCCGCGGGGGACCCCUGGAUCGCGGCGCACGGCGACCUGUCGCGGUGCUUCGUCAUGGGGAGCAGCUCCGGCGGGAACAUGGCGCUCAACGCCGGCGUCCGGGCCUGCAGGGGCCUCGACCUGGGCCCCGCCGCCGUGCGCGGGCUGGUGCUGCACCAGCCGUACCUCGGCGGCGUGGCGCGGACGCCGUCGGAGGAGAAGUCCGGCGACGACGCGGUGCUGCCGCUGGAGGCGAACGACAAGCUCUGGAGCCUCGCGCUGCCGGCGGGCGCCGACCAGGACCACGAGUUCAGCAACCCGGCGAAGUCGAUGGCGGCGGCGGCGGCGGCGUUGACCGGGCUGCCUCGGUGCCUGGUCACCGGGAGCGACGGCGACCCGCUGAUCGACAGGCAGAGGGAGCUGGUCGCGUGGCUGCGGGGGCACGGCGUGGAGGUCGUCGCGAAGACGGACUUCGCCGGGUCCCACGCGGCGGAGCUGUUCGUGAAGGAGACGGCCGACGAGCUCUUCGCGGCGGUGUGCGCGUUCGUGUCCGGCGCCGGCGACGUCGUCCACAGUUGAUGAUGACGUACGCAUGCAAAAGUCUGUGUGUCACUAUCACCGUAUGGACAAUAAUAAUCCGGCACUGCAUUGAUUGCACUGAUGAUGGUGGAUGAGUCAGUUGGUACGUGCAGCUAGCUAGCUGCCGUGGCGGUGCUUGAUUUUUUUUUUUUUGUGAACUCGGUGCUUGAUUAAUUGCUUGUUGAUUUGCAUAAUGCAAAUGAUGUACUCCCUCCGGUUCCAUAGUUUUAUUGUUUGAGACAAUGAUACGUUCUUCAAAAUAUAUAUUUGAUCUUA